GAUAAUAACCUGUUCCUAUCCAAACAAUCCUAAUGUUUAUAUCCGGAAAAAAAUAUACACAACAUCUCGCGUUCAUGCCGAACGGAAGAAAGGAAAGGAUGUAAUGACAUAGUGAUUAUUUCCACAACUUUUCCGAGAUAACUUUAUCGUUAUUUCAAAAACUCGAAACUAUAUUUAUGCAAACCAAUAAACCAUAUCCAAAAUAACAAUUGGAUUUUUUCUUUUUCACCAUAGAUUCAUGUAUAGGGACCCCCCACACCUCACCCCUACCCCUACCCCCUCAUAUACCUUUCACUGAGCUCUCAUCAAAUCUUCAAAGAAGACUGAAAGCAAUUUCAAGAAAAAAGUUUCGAUUUUUUUCAGUGUUCCAUUGAUGUCUGAUAGCUGCAAUUCUCGUCAUUUUUCAUGGCUGAUGAAAUCUUGUUUCCCCAAUAACCAACACCCACCACCCCACCACCCAACCCCCAUCGGAACCACUACCAUUUUACCCACCGGAACCACCAUUGCUGAACUCCCAGAUGACCUUCUUCUUGAAUGUCUAUCAAGGGUUACCCAUUCUUCACUCCCUUCUUUGCCUUUAGUCUGUUGUCGUUGGUCUCUGCUUCUUGAUUCCCCAACUUUUCAUCUUCUCCGGCACCGGAAUAACCUUUUACGGCUUACCCUUUUCGCUGUUUCAGUUUCUGAUGGAGCCCUUUGCACAGCUAGUUACAGAUUGAACAAUGAUUGUUCAUGGAAGAUUUGUUCUUUUACACCGGCGAAUGACCCUGUUUUUGAACAUGGGUGUUUUUAUUCUCUGUUCUCGCAUUCUCGUUUAUCGGUUAUUGGACGGAAAAUCUAUGUUAUUGGACGGACAGCGAUGCUCCGGUGUGAUACCUGGACUGGUUUAGUGGUGCCAAGACAAGGACCGGUUUUCCCGAGGAAGAAAUUUGCUGCAGCUGUUGUGGGUGGGAAAAUCUACGUCGCCGGAGGUUGUGCGAGGGCUGCGGCGGUGGAGGAGUAUGACCCAUCGACUGAUACAUGGAGUGUGGUGGCGAAAGCUCCGAGGAAGAGAUAUGGGUGUGUUGGUGCUUCAGUCGACGGCGUUUUUUACGUCAUCGGAGGAUUGAAGCUCGGAGGUGCGGCGGGAAAUGAAAUGCUGGUGGCUCGUGGAAGCCGUGCAUCUGAUGCAGCUCAUGUUUACGCUAGCUCAAUGGAUUUAUACGAUACUGUUAAUGGGGUUUGGUUAAAAUCCCGAUCUGUUCCCGGCGGCGGCUGUGUUGUGGCAGCAUGUGCGACCGCCGGAGAAAUCUAUGUACUUUCCAGUCACGCAGUGGAGUUAUCGUUCUGGAAGUUUAAUGGGUCACGAAAAAGCACCGGAUUCGGCGAUUGGUGCAGGAUAAAAUCCCCGCCGUUGCCGGCGCAAGUGAGAUUAGACAGUACGGUGAGAUUCAGCUGCGUGGGGAUCGGAGAGAAGGUGGUGUUAGUUCAAGUAAAUGGUUGCAUAGACGAUUUGCUGCGGCGGAGUGGGAGGAUUGAGAGAGGGAUGAAGGAGGGGUUGGUGUUGGUUUACGACUGUGUCGCCGGAGAAUGGAACCGUGCCGCCGAUUUGCCGGAGGUCAUUCGCCGAUCAGCCUGCGUCUGUGUUGAGUGCUAAAUUCGCCUAUUACUAUUUGACUAAUCGAAUUUUCGAUCAAAAUUAAAUUAUUUCGUAAUCAAAAUUUAAAUUGUAUCACAUAAAUUAAGAAAAAAAAUAGAAUUUUAUAAU